ACAAUAUACGUGGCACGCUUUGGCCACGUGACUUCAGUGUACAGUGACGUGGAGCUGAGCAUGUAAGCAGGAAGAGCCUGCUCUAAUUUCACCAUGAUAACAGAAGAUACCAAUGAUGAAGAUGUGUCUCUGUUUGAUGCGGAGGAGGAUGCAGGGAAAAAGUCAAAGAAGACUAUUAAGCAUCCAGUGGCGUCCUUCUUCCACCUCUUCUUUAGAGUCAGUGCCAUCAUCAUCUACCUGCUCUGUGAGUUUUUCAGUCGUAGUUUCAUCGCCUGCAUGGUUGCAAUCAUCCUCCUGCUGUCAUGUGACUUCUGGACAGUCAAGAACAUCACUGGGAGGUUGAUGGUUGGUCUCAGGUGGUGGAACCAGGUGGAUGAUGAUGGAAGAAGCCACUGGGUGUUUGAGUCGAGAAAGGGUACUGGGAAGCAACAAGGGUCAGAUUCUGAGUCCCGAAUCUUCUGGCUUGGACUGAUUAUUUGUCCAAUCCUUUGGGUCAUCUUUGCCUUCAGCACCCUCUUUUCUUUUAAGAUAAAAUGGGUGCCUGUAGUGAUCAUGGGUGUGGUUCUGCAAGGAGCCAACCUCUAUGGAUAUGUGAGGUGUAAAGUGGGAGGGAAGACCAGCUUAAAGAACAUGGCUACGAAUUACUUUGGACGACAGUUCCUCAAACAGACACUGUCUAAAGAGGAGGAAUCGUAGAGAGCAGCUCUGCGAUUUUAACACUUUUGCAUUAUUCUUAAUGCUAUAAUAUGUAUUCUUUUAGCAAGUGGACACAUAGAAAGAGAUCUUUUUUGCAACACGAAUCGAAAAUAACAGACUUUUUUUUCUUUUGUAAUGUAAUGUGUGACUCCAUCAGUCCCAAUAGAGAGAAUUUCCACAGAGAGGUCAGAGGUCUGGUAGCUGUUUUCCGUAACUGAAGCUCAGCAAUAAAUCCUCACAGACUGUAACUGAUCCUUUAGUGUAAAUGCAUGAGUGAAAAACAGGUGCAAGUGCUAGAAAUGUUAAACUGACUGUAGUUUGAUGUGUCAUGUAGUCUCACAGCUUCCUCCGAUAUCUUAUUUAGUUUAUGUUUUCAUCGCCUCUUAACUUUAAUCCUUAUAAAAUUAAAAUAACAAAAUAGUUUCUGAGAGGUAUUGUACAAACUUUUUUGUUUGUAUAAUGGACAGGGUUUUAAAGUAACAGUGUAAAGUAUUCCAGGGGAUUUGUAAAUAUGUAUGUAAAGAAACUAUGUGCAACAUCUUCUUUUGUGCAAAUACAUUUGUAACAUUUUUCCGAA